CAAAAAGAAAUAAAUUGCUGAGAUCUCGUAUAUACAAUAUAUAUAAAAGAGGGCUUGAAUUGCUACCGACCGAAAAUGUGCAUCUUUUUCAAUAUCACCAUAUUUCUGCACUUUCUUGUCAUGUAUUUUAAACUGGCAUUAGGAUGCACACCACAUGUUAAAUUUGAGCAGGGCAUGAGAAUAGUGACUGAUGUACUGUAUCAGAUCCCUGGGAUUGGUUUAAACAUGUGUUCUGCUGAGUGCCUCGCUCACACGGACUGUCUGUCUGUUAAUUACAACAUGGAACAUUUAAUAUGUUACCUGAACAAAGAGGACUCCGUCACAGAGAGUGCAAAGCAGUAUGUUUCUGUGACCAAGAGCCAGCUACAGAUCGUAUGCAAGGAUUGUUUGAACUCUUGUGAUCUGUCAUGUCCUCCAAGACAUAAAUGUAUGAAGUCCACGUCUGGUGCGGCUACAUGUGUCGCCUUAGACUGCGGAGCUUUUCCUUCGCUUGAGAAAGGUAAGAAAGACAAAGAUCAGGACAAUACAGCGAUUGGCGCUGACGUCACCUACUCUUGUGAUAAAGGCUUUGCGGUAGACGGUCCACUAACUAUAACCUGUUCUACCAAUGGCCAGUGGACACCACAGCUUGGACGCUGCUUACGGUGCAGCCAUAUUCCAGAGUUGCAAAAUGCAAACACAAAAGAUAAAAAUCGGGCAUUCAAUGCCGUCGUAACGUAUUCAUGCAAUCCAUGUUAUGAGAAUGUCGGAGAUAUUUCUAUCAGCUGCCUCGCAAAUGAAACGUGGACUCCAAUCCAGGGUUAUUGUAGGGACAUGUUAGUCACGUGUAACAGUGAGCCUCCUACUAUUUCCAAUGCAGUUCUUACCUCUGGCUACGAUAAUUUUUGUGGUGCAAUGGCAGACUACAAAUGUAAUGAAGGAUACCAGGGAAACCCGAGUUCGGUAUGUCAGGAUGAUGGAAACUGGCACAUACAUGGACGAUGCAAAGCUAUCUGCACUAAUGACUAUAUCGAGGAAGAGCAGAGAAAGGGGGAGUACAUCCAGUUGUGUUGGCGGGUGUUUACAAAUACGAAGACUUACGAUGAGGCCAUGGCAGAUUGCGAGACGAGUUCCAUAAACGGGAGACUACUCAUAAUCAACUCGAACCUUAAAAGGAACAGAGUGAGCUCGGCCUUAAUAGACGGCUUUGGAAUGCCUAAUAAGACUCUUUAUUUUUGGGUAAAUGGGAGAUACGGUGUACACGGAACCUGCUAUGGAUUCAGUAAUGGUGAACUUAGCAAAGACAAUUGGAUGAAUGGACAACCAGAUCGCAGCGGCAACUGUCUAGCGGUUUCGUCGGCGGGUUCUUAUAAAUGGAAUGACCUCGUAUGUACCAGGAAAUUUGCAUACAUUUGUGAGGCUGCUAUAUACUAAAAACAGAGUAACAUGUUGUAAAAAGUAUAUGUACAAUUAAUUCUCGAUAAACCGCCACCCUUUGUAAUUUAGAAAUCAUGGCGGUAUAACGAAUUUGGCGAUGAAUUGAAUUUCCCAUCUUUUAGAAAACAAGAAGAAGAGUUAUUGUUCUUAGAGAUACCAUUUAGCGUUUCUAUUCUUAUUGUUACAUGUACAUGUAUAUAAAAACAUAUUUCUGAUUGAAAAUACUUCAAGUAAUUUUUUUAAUGUACAAUUUCGCUAAAACAAAAUGUGCAAUUAUGAAAUAAAGACAAAUAUUUGUAUAUGAAUGUAAAUCUGCACGUUCGAUAUUGAAAAAAAAAACAUACUGGGUCGAUCGUCGUGAUUUAUUGCCCAUAAUAAGUAAAAUGAAUUCUUGAAUAUGUUCAUUGUUCAUGGUAUCAUUGUUGAUGGAACGUUCACAAUUUAUACCGUAUGAUUAUUUUUUCCAGCAAACUUU